CUAUGGCACCUCUGCGCCACGUGGGUCUGCUCCGACCGAAGGCUUCUCGUCCUCGCAAGCAACCGACGCUGCGAGAACUCUUGCUCGAGGCUCAAGUGAAGGAGCAAGACCUCAUGAACAGUGAAACCAAGGAGCGCGAGCGGCAGCUCCUCAUCGUGGUCGUGGUGGGACUGCUGUUCAUGUACUACGCGGUCAUCGCCAUUGGCUACUACUACUACGAGCUGGGCGAACCCGGCCCGGCCACGCCACGCAGCUUGCGCGUGCCCAUCGAGAUAUUGCGUAGCACCGUCAACGGCUCGGACGACUGAUCUCCUCCUAACGCUUGCGAUUCCACCUACUCUGUGUGGCG